GCAGAAGUACCUGGCGCCUGCCGCCUGGCCACCGGCAUGGCAGUCCGCGCGACACCGCCACCGGGCUCGCUGCCCAACCCCUCUUUCUUCCCGCCGGAAAUCAAUCUCUCUCUCCACCGGCCACCACCGCGAUCCCCGAGCCGACCGUCCGCAUCCAAUGCGCGAAACCCUAGCCGCCGCCCCACGCCCUCACCAGCCACCGCCACCAUAAGUCCCCCGCUCCCCACCUCGCAUGCUCGUCGCCCCCUUCUCCUCCCUAUCCAUUGCGCGGAACGCCGGCCGCCUCCGCUUUCUCCUCCCCGCUUCCGCUGCUCGCGUCGCCCGGCUCGCCAUGUCGACCGCGCCGCAGGCGGCGGCGGCUGUCUCCGUCGAGUACGCCAAGUCGGGCCGCUCCACCUGCAAGGGGUGCAGCGGGGCCAUCGCCUCCGGGGCGCUCCGCCUCGGCGCCUCCACGCCCGACCCGCGCGGCUUCGACGCCACCAAGUGGUACCACGUCGCCUGCUUCCCCUCCGACGCGUCCCACCCGCUCGGCCCCGUCGAGAGCAUCAAUGGAUUUGACUCCAUUAAGGAAGCCGAUCGCGAGGAAUUGCAUGAGCUAGUGAAGAAUUGUGAUAAUAAGUUACACAAGACAGUCAAUCCAUUGGAUGAGCCUAGUCCAAAGAAAGUAAAGACUCACAUGUCUUCAUCCAUGAAGGGGGUGUCUGAAAAGGCAAGUGUCUUGGUUGAGUAUGCAAAGUCUGGCCGCUCCACCUGCAAGGGAUGCAGUGAGAAUAUUGCCAAAGGCGUCCUCCGCCUCGGUGCUUCUGCUCAUGACCCGCGCGGUUAUGACAGCACCAAAUGGUACCAUGUUGCAUGCUUCCCUACCUCAUCAUACCCCAUAUUUCCUGUGGAGAAGCUUAAAGGGUUUGAUUCUAUCAAGAAUAGUGACCGUGAGAAGUUGCUGGAGUUGGGUGAGAAUUACAAGAGAGAUGGCAAUGCAGCUGAUCAGUCGAGUGAGCCAAGCCUGAAGGAAGAAAUGGUUGACAGCACGGGGAUCUCUAAAGAAGGUGUUCAAAAUAAUCUGGAAGAAGUAAAGUUGUCUGCAGGGAACAAUAGAAUACAUCCAGUGAUAUCCUUUUCAGUUUCUGAUACCAAUAAAGAUUACAAGGGUGCUACACUUCCCACUCAUUGGAGGGCUUUUGAGACAGUUAUCUUCUGUGAACAGGAAGAUGGCCUUCAUGCUUCAGCUAAGAUUGCUGCAUUUGAUUUUGAUGGGUGCCUUGCCAAAACUUCAGUGAGGAUCAUUGGUGCAGACAAGUGGUCUUUACAGUAUAAAUCAAUUCCAAAAAAAUUGCAAAGUCUGUACAAUGAUGGUUACAAACUGGUCAUAUUCACCAAUGAGUCGAACAUUGAUCGCUGGAAGAAUAAGCGGCAGGAAGCUGUUGACUCCAAAGUUGGACGCCUCGAUAACUUUAUCGAGUGUGUUAAAGUCCCUAUUCAGGUUUUCAUUGCUUGUGGUUUAGGGCAAGGAAAAGGUACUCCAGAUGAUCCAUACCGCAAACCAAAUCCUGGAAUGUGGUGGUUAAUGGCUCAGCAUUUCAAUUCCGGAAUUGAAAUCGACAUGGAGAAAUCUUUUUAUGUGGGUGAUGCUGCUGGGAGAGAAAACGAUCAUAGUGAUGCUGAUAUAAAAUUUGCUGAGGCCAUCGGUUUGAAGUUUUGCGUUCCUGAGGAAUACUUCGGUUCCUAGGAGUUCUGAGGUGAGGUCGAUUAGGGCAAGGUGGUUAUGCUAUGAUGGUAUGUAGCUUUUGGGUGUCGAGAAUACUACAGCUAUCUUGAUGUGGAAAUCUGUAUUUGGCUGUUUAAACAGUCUAAUAAUAUCGUAGCUAAUCUGAUGUGGAAAUGUAGUGCUAAAUUGCUGAGGUAAUGGCAUAAUGCAGCAUUCGAGCCUUUAGAACGUUAGGUGCUGUGGCAAACAGGUCCUGGACUCCUGGUCUCAUUCUGUAACGAUCGACAAUCAGUAAUUCUGAUGGCAAUUCGAUCACGCUCAGAUCGAUCGGUGAUCUAUCAUCUA